AUGUUUGCUUCCCUCUCUGUCGUCAACGUUUUGUUGGCAUUUGUUGCUUUGUUUGCUCUGAUCUCUUCCUUCACACCUACUUCUACUGGAGUAAUGGCAGCUGAAGACAAACGUUCAGAAUACGGAACUGUGAUCGGUAUUGAUUUGGGUACAACGUAUUCUUGUGUCGGUGUUCAACGUAAAGGUCGUGUAGAAAUUAUUGCAAACGAUCAAGGUAACCGUAUCACUCCUUCUUGGGUCGCUUUUGGCGAUGAUGAACGUUUGAUUGGUGAUGCAGCAAAGAACCAAGCUGCACAAAACCCAGAACGUACAAUCUUCGAUGCCAAACGUCUAAUUGGUCGUGCCUGGAGCGAUCCCGACGUCAAGAAAGAUGCCCGUCACUUCCCCUUCAAAUUGGUUGAGCGGGAUGGUAAGGCUGCCAUUUCUGUCGAAGUUCGUGGAUCUUCCCGUACUUUCACUCCUGAAGAAAUUUCUGCCAUGGUCUUGCAAAAGAUGAAGGAAACAGCAGAAGCUUAUUUGGGUCACAAGGUUACCCAUGCCGUCGUUACUGUCCCUGCUUACUUCAAUGACGCUCAACGUCAAGCCACAAAGGAUGCAGGUACAAUCGCCGGUUUGACAGUUCUCCGUAUCGUUAACGAACCCACAGCUGCAGCAAUUGCAUACGGUUUGGACAAGAAGGGUGACUCUCAAAUCAUCGUUUACGAUUUGGGAGGUGGUACUUUCGAUGUUUCUCUUCUGUCCAUCGAAGAUGGUGUGUUUGAAGUCUUGGCUACUGCUGGUGAUACUCAUUUGGGUGGUGAAGAUUUCGAUAACCGAGUUUCGGAAUACAUCCUCAAACAAUUCAAGAAGAAGGAAGGCUUGGACGCAUCUGGCAACAAACGUAGCGUGGGUAAACUUCGUCGUGAAGUUGAACGUGCAAAACGUACAUUGUCAAGUCAAAUGUCAACAAAGAUUGAAAUCGAAAGCUUCUUUGACGGAAAGGACUUGUCAGAAACAUUGACUCGUGCUAAAUUCGAAGAAUUGAACGCAGACCUUUUCCGCAAGACAAUGAAACCCGUUGAACAAGUCAUUAAAGAUGCUGGUGUCAAGAAGGAAGACAUUGAUGACGUCGUUUUGGUCGGUGGUUCUACCCGUAUUCCAAAGGUUCAACAAUUGUUGAAAGAAUUCUUUGACGGUAAGGAACCAAGCAAAGGUAUUAACCCUGACGAAGCCGUUGCAUGGGGUGCAGCAGUUCAAGGAGGUGUUCUAGCUGGCGAUGAAGGUGCUGCGGACGUUUUGUUGAUCGAUGUUAACCCUCUCACACUCGGUAUUGAAACAACGGGCGGAGUGAUGACCAAAUUGAUCCCACGUAACACCGUCAUUCCUACCAAGAAGUCUCAAAUCUUCAGUACUGCUGCCGACAACCAAAAUGUUGUCUUGAUUCAAGUAUUCGAAGGUGAACGUGCAUUGACAUCUCAAAACCACAUGUUGGGUAAAUUCGAAUUAACCGGUAUUCCACCUGCCCCUCGAGGUGUACCUCAAAUCGAAGUCACUUUCGAAUUGGACGCUAACGGAAUCAUGAAAGUUUCCGCUGCUGAUAAAGGAACGGGUAAAUCCGAGAGUGUCACAAUCACCAACGACAAGGGCCGUUUGACGGAAGAACAAAUUCAAAAGAUGGUCAAGGAAGCCGAAGAAUUUGCCGAACAAGAUGAAGAAGUUCGCAAGCGCAUUGAAGCAUUGAACUCUUUGCAAAACUUUAUUGCCACAACCAAGACUACCAUCAAUGACAAAGAAGGAUUAGGUGGUAAAUUGGACAGUGACGACAAGAAGAAGAUCCAAGAAGCAUUGAAAGAGUCUGAAAACUGGUUGGAGGAGAACAAUGCCAAGGCAGAAGCCGCAGACAUUGAAGAACAACUCAGUGAAUUGCAAGCUCAAAUUGCACCAAUCACCGCAAAGAUUUACGGUGAAAGUGCUGGUGGAGCAGGUGCAGGAGCAGGUGGUGCACCAAAAGAUGAUGAUGAGUUGAACUGGGGUGCAGGUGGUCACGAUGAAUUGUAG